ACACACACUUUCUGCACAUGCCCACGCUGAGAGCAAACCAGUGGAUCGGUGUGUAACGGAAUUCAGUGUUGUUGGAUGGUUAAAACUGGGACACUGGAUUCUCCCGUUUCUCCUCGGAGGACUGGUCCUGAGGACAGGACAGGACGGAUCCGAGUUUCCAGCGUAAAGAACGGCACAUCCUCAACAGAGAACUGGAUAGAGAGCUGCCCAACUCUUCGUCUGUCCUGAAUGAAAGCCUCUUAAGGUGGACGGGGUACAUGAAAAAUACAUGUCCCAAAGGAGCGCUGACGUGACAAGCAGCAGACCCGCGGCCAUAAAUCAACACCAGAGGACUUUGAUUUCUUCAUUAUCACUUCCUGAGGCAACAACAGAGGAACAGGCGUGUUGGCAGGCCUGCUGACCUGCGGAUGUGCACCGUAGGAUUCUAUUUCUGGAGCCUCAUUGCUUUUACAGAUUAACUGCCCUCAAAUAUGGCCCCAAUCCGUUCAUUGCGCCACUAGUUUGACUGCUGCUGGAGGUUGUGCAUAUAAGCUUCAAAACAACCCACUGUGCGUCAGUCCAGUCAUUUGAAGGCCCGCUGCCUUUGGCCUGUUUUUUUAAAAGCAGUAUCAGUGCUCUUUUUUUCAGACUCCUGCAGAGGAACAAACAUGCAGCUGCAUGUCAUGACAGCUUGAAAGUCAUUUUUGUUGUUCUCCUUACAAUCAUUUCUCCUCUUACUCAAGUCAUUGCCAUUUCCAUCCAGAACCGUUGCAGGGAAAGAUUGACGUCCAAUGCUUUCACGUUAAAAACAACACCGUGCUCAGAGACAAAGACUUCAGAUUUUAUUGCAAGAGAUCCUGAGGGCAAAUCACACUGAAAUCACGUUGCCCAGUAUUUUCAUUAGAGUGUCUGGGGCUAAUCAAGGUCUUCCAUCAUCAGAAUUGACAUUUCCAUAUUGUAUGAGAGAGAAAGUAGCCAACAUUAGCAUAUUCAUGAACACUGACACACUCAAUCAUGUGAAAUGGAAGACAUGGGGCAAACUCUGAGCCAUCGAGCCCUGAAACAAAUAGCUUAUGACAUGUGAGGAGAAGAGGAUCUUGAAUCCCUCCGCGCAACUUCACCACAUCCCAUAGCACACAGGAGAAAGCUACCACUGGCACAUUAAGGUUACUUCAUAAACCUGCAAUGUGUUGUUGGCCUCUGGACCAAGGCCUGUAAUAAGAGAAAAAUUAAAGAAUAGGAUUAAAGAUGGAUUAUCACCGAAACACUAAAGCCAGCAAAGCAGCUGCCUUUGCAUAAACCCAUCGGACACUCUUCAGGGAAAACGAUUUGUAGAUUACAUUUGGUUGUUGAUGCGGUGGCCUCUUGUGUGGCUGGUAUUAAAAGAGAGGCAUGGAUAAUCUAGAUGAUCUGGAGCACCCUCUUCUGGGAGAAAGCCCCAAUAACAGCCGGGCAUCAGUGCAGGGACAAGGGCCCGGGACUGGACAGGCCCCUGGCGGGCUGUUCAAGGGCAUCUUGGUUAAGUGCGAGGAGGACAGGGCCUACCCUCCUUUAGCGUGGAGGAGCUAUUGUGGACAUCCUCCUGAACUUCAGCAGCAGCAGCUACUGGACCCUUGCUCCUUACCUCGCACACUGGAGUCCUUUUACCCACCAGCCCCCAUCUGGGGCCACGCAGACCCCCUGCUCAGCAAAGACUACCUGGAGACCACCUUUAUGGACAUUCGGCCUGGGUCCACACUGGAGAGGAAGCUGCUGGCCGAGACACAGGACUAUAACAGUGUGUCCUACAGCAUGGAUGAUGAGGACGACCUGCUUCCCGACUCUGACGACUCAUCAAUUGAUGACUUCAGUGAUACAGACAGCGAGAGCAACUUCCCUCUGAUGAUCCCUCAGGACUACCUGGGUCUGGCCUUUUUCUCCAUGCUCUGCUGCUUCUGGCCCUUAUCUCACUCUCCUCUCUCCUCCGUUUCUCAGACCAACAAGGCAUCGGCUCAGGGGGAUUUCCAGGGGGCAAACGCAGCGUCUCGACAGGCUCUGUGGCUCUCAGUGCUUUCCAUUGUGUUUGGAAUCAUAACGUACAUCUGUGCCAUCGCCGCGUUGAUUUCCUACCUGUCCGGAAAACCACCAUAAAAGCAACUCUUUCGCAC